AUGCCCACCAUUUCUAGACUACCUCAAGUUCUCUGCUGCCUCAGCUUAUCAUCCUCCUCGCCGCUUCAGCAGCAACAAAAACCUACCUUUAAAUUUUCAUUAUUAACUCCAUCAUCUUCAUCCUCUUUGUAUCACUUUAAAUUCAGGCCAAAAAGGUCCCAUUUCCUCAAACCAUGUUCCUCCUUAAAGGAAACCAAGAAACAACAGACCCUUUCAAAGGUUCCCAGCACAGCUCCACCUCCUCAGGGUUUGAAGAGGCUAUUGAAUUUGAGUCCCAAAGAUGAUGAUGACGAUGGCGGGGACAGUACUGCUGUUACAGGUACAAUCUUGGCAGGUCUUUUGUUGCUUGGUGUGGUCGGAGGAUUUGGAGCUGUUGGGUAUUUUUACAGAGAUCAGAUUAAUAGCUUCUUGACCCAGUUCUCUGGGUUCAUUGAAGGUUAUGGCCCAGCUGGAUAUGCUCUAUUUGUGUUGGUUUAUGCCGGCUUGGAGGUCCUUGCUAUACCCGCGAUUCCAUUGACGAUGUCAGCUGGACUUUUGUUCGGCUCUCUCAUUGGGACAAUCAUAGUUUCUAUUAGUGGCACGGUGGCAGCCAGUGUUUCCUUCCUAAUUGCUAGAUAUUUUGCACGGGAACGUAUUCUUAAGCUCGUAGAAGGGAACAAGAAAUUUCUUGCGAUUGACAAGGCAAUUGGGGAAAACGGCUUCAAAGUUGUUACUCUUCUUCGUCUGAGUCCAUUGCUACCAUUUUCUCUUGGAAAUUAUUUGUAUGGACUAACAUCUGUCAAAUUUGUGCCAUACGUGUUAGGAAGUUGGUUGGGGAUGCUUCCAGGCUCAUGGGCUUAUGUUAGUGCUGGUGCAUUUGGUCGAGCGAUUCUCCAAGAAGAAUCUGAUGUUGGUUUACCAGGAGGAAAUGGGCAACUGAUAACGCUAGGAUUAGGGCUUUUGUUCACUGCAUUAGCGGCCACUUACGUGACUAGGUUAGCAAAGUGUUCGAUUACGUAUAUCUGGAGUUUCCGCUUUCAACUUCUUAAGCAUGUAUUCUUUCCUCUUCACUCAACUUUGAGCCGGUUAUCAAAAAUCUCAGGAACAAAACUUAUGAAAUCCAUUGUCUGGAAGUUGACAAAACCAAACCCUUUCGCAGCAGGAUCACUGCUUCAAACCCUUUUCAGGAGGAGUGAUCCAGACCUGAAUCCCAGUUUGAAUUCUGUCAGAUCCUUAUCAUCAUACUCAUACAAUUAUUCUGACCCUGGGUCGGGGGUAUCUAGAGAGAGUGUGGACUGUGUUGUGAUAGGUGCUGGAGUGAUAGGGAUAGCGGUAGCUCGAGAGCUUUCUUUGAAACAUGGAAGAGAAGUUUUGGUGAUAGAAUCCGGCCCCACUUUUGGUACCGGUACUAGUUCCCGAAACAGCGAAGUGAUCCAUGCCGGCAUCUACUAUCCUUCUAAAUCUCUGAAGGCCCUUUUUUGCGUUAGAGGAAGAAAACUGCUUUACAGCUAUUGCAGAGAAAAUGGAAUACCUCAUAAACAGAUUGGCAAGCUUAUAGUUGCUACUGCGUUCUCAGAUGUCCCAAAGUUGGAUGCUUUGUUCGCUCGAGGAAAUGAAAAUGGUGUCGAUGGUUUAAGAUUACUGGAAAGAGCUGAGGCUGUGAAACUCGAACCUGAACUGCAUUGUGUAAAAGCUUUACUGUCGUCUACUUCUGGGAUUGUUGAUACCCAUUCCCUCAUGCUGUCACUAGUUGGGGAAGCUGAAUGUCAAGGAACAAUUUUCUCUUACAAUACUUCUGUUAUUGGUGGCUGUCAUGAAGGAAAUAGCCUGCAACUUCAUGUUUCCCAAAGCAGUGCUCUGAAAAGCUGGGACAGGAGUAGUCCAUUGCAUCCUGAACUUAUUCUUAUCCCUAAACUUGUUGUGAAUGCCGCUGGCUUGAGUGCACCGGCUGUUGCAAGACGAUUCUAUGGCUUAAACAAUAACGCUAUUCCUACUUCUUAUUAUGCACGUGGUUGCUACUUUGCCUUAUCAAAUAGUCUCCCUCCUUUCCACCAUUUAAUUUAUCCUAUACCAGAGGAUGGUGGCCUAGGAGUGCAUGUUACUAUAGAUUUGAAUGGCCAAGUGAAAUUUGGUCCUGAUGUGGAAUGGAUCGAUGAGAACGUAGAUGACAUUUCGAGCUUCCUGAACAUGUUCGACUAUUCUGUCCGUAGAGAUCGUGCGAAGAAGUUCUACCCUGAGAUAAGAAAGUAUUACCCAGAUCUAAAGGAUGGAUCUCUGGAGCCGGGAUACGCUGGUAUCAGACCAAAACUUUCUGGCCCAAGGCAGGUUCCUUCUGAUUUCGUGAUACAGGGGGAGGAAGACCAUGGUAUCCCUGGACUUGUAAACUUGUUCGGUAUUGAGUCUCCCGGGCUGACUUCUAGCUUGGCUAUUUCUGAGUACGUUGCUCACAAAUUGAUGACACGCUAA